AUGAGCUUCUCUCGACUACCCAUUUAUUUCAUCACUUAUUUCACUUUUACCAAUGAUACUGUAUAUAUCGGUACGGAAUCGAAUCGUCUGGAUCCAUGUAAAUGUGGAUCUUUGAAUUUCGGCAUUGAUGUUGCAACUGGUGAUAUAAAAAGUCCUGGUUAUCCUACCAAUUACUGUAGCAAUCUAAAUUGUAAAUAUGAGAUUUGCGUUGAGAAUACCUGCGGAAAAUCCCUCAUCCGAUCAGUUGCAGAUAGAUGCAAUUCCGGGCUUUUCGGGAAAGACAUCGGCUGGCCAUCAUUUGCUUCUUCUAUUAGCAGUGGAUUCAUCCUGAAAUUCGUCACCGACAGUACAGAAACAUUUGGCGGAUUUCAUGCUCGCUUUAGCAGAGUCAAUAUCACUUCAGCAAGUAUCCUGUCUAACUCCUGCUCGAAAUUCUUCCAUGAAGCGACGAAUGAAGAUAAAACAUUACCUAGCCCGCCAACUAAUUUCACAUACUUUGCUGGUUGCGCUUAUAUGCUUAACACUAAUGCAGGUCAUGGCAUAAAAUUAGAUCUAAAAUCGCUCGCUUAUAAAGCCAAGUUUAUCAUUUAUGAAACAGAAAAUUACCAAGUUCCUCCAGCAGAUCAUACUACUACUCCGUUAUUUGAGAGUGUUGGAUUGAUGGAAGCUCCUCCGAAAGAAAUAAUUUCACGGACAAAUUCUAUAUUGAUACAGAUAAAAAUAAUACAGCCGGAAUUGUUUCCGGCUACAGCACAUAGCAAAUUCUUAUUUGAAGCUCAGUUCAGUCGCACUGACAGCCCAUGCAAAUGUUUCUCGAGAAGUUAUACUAUUCGAAUUGACCGUCCAACCAUACUGUCCUCUCCCGGAUUUCCUCUUGAAUAUUGUGACAAAUUGGACUGUGAAACAGAGCUUCGACUUCAUAAACAUGCUAUCGAUUCUACCCAUCAUAAUGCAAUAAUCUUAGAAAUUCAUUCAUUCAACCUAGAACACGGUUCUGAUCUUGUGCAUUUCCUAGACAGAUCGAAGCAUUCAUCUAGAUAUUUAAUAAGUCGCACUGGUGAAUUAUCAGCAAGUCGUAAUAGAUUUUUUACAUUCUGCGGAGAAAGGACCGUACUACGAAUGAUUACUGAUUCUACGGUUGCAAAUAAUGGUUUUAAUAUGAUUAUUAGUGCCAUACAAAAGGAAAGUGAUUGCCGAUGUAAAGGUGAAGCACAGCCAUUGAAAUUUUCACCAUCAGCAGGAACGGUUUCAUUCAAUUCAGCCGUGGGCUGUGGCUUUUUAGACUGCUUCUUUCAGUUUAAUCGUCCUGUAACUGCUUUGGAUACGGACCGAAUACGACUGGUAGUAAAUAUUACUUACACUUUCAAGAAUGGCGAAGAAGAAUUUCUGGAAGUGUUCAUAAACAUCAAUAAUUAUAAUAUCAUUCCUUCACAUCUCAAUGAACGAGAUGUGAAUUACUAUGCCUGUCAAAAUAUUUUCGAACCAGCGCUAACUCAAAGUGGAACGGAGGUGGUAACGAACGAUACACCGAUGAUGAUUUGGUAUCACUUGGCAUCUGAUAUCAACAAAAAUACUGCUCAAAUCAAUACCAGUGGAGUUGAAAUUUUCACAGAUUUAUUACGAAGUACCGCCGAGACGAUGACAGUUUACUUUAAAACAGAUAUCACCAAUAAAGGAUUCGUCCUAUAUUAUACUGCUGAAGUAAAUAAUGGAAGCGGCGUUGCUGAUCAGUUGGGAGGGUCGAACCAUUUGGGAAUUAUUUUCUUCAUACUACUAUUUCUUAUUGUUGGCAUUAUAUUUGGUUUAACUUGUUACAAACAGCUGUCAUGUUUCGCAGACCGAACAAAUCGCUGGAACGAUACUUCCGUAGUUGGUUUUACCAACUUGUCUCUUGAAAAUAGCUCGUAA